UUACAAUAAAUUGCUUUCUAUUUUCCUUACAAGAAUUACAAAAUAUAAAUACAAGUAGGUACCUAUAAUGUAAUAGUAUUAUAAUUCACAAAUAUUGAAUUAUUCACAGACAGUUUGGAAUUUGGAUGUUAUCAAGUAAAAAGCAUGUAGAUUUUAUUCAAAACUCACAAUAAUGAAGAAGUUGUAGUAAAAUAAAAGCAAUGACUACCGAAGGGCUUCCGGGAUUGUCAACUACUGAAGCUUUACGCACAUUAUAUAAUGAAAUAUUGUCGCUCAGAAAUCAUAUUAAAGAUCAACACAUACAACAGGGAAAAGACAGACUAUGGAUUCAAGAUGCAUUGAAACAUAAUAGUCCAUUCACUAGUAUCUGUUGGAUUACUGCUUUGAUCAUUUUUGCUUGUGGUUUUUCAUUGGUCAUCAUUAGUUUAGUGUAUGAUGAAAUGUGGUAUCUGUUUGAUGACGGAAUAUUGAUAUUGAUAUUGUUAACUACCAAUCUUGCUACUGUGUUAUGGGAUAACAAAUUAAGACAUGAAGAAAUGUUCACCAAGCUCGAUCAUGUGAUGAAAAAACUGAAUUGCUAUAAAGACAAAUGCCAUUGGAAGAAAGAAAAUUAUCCACAUUUAUGUAUGCCAUUUUCUCCAUCAGUUACUUUACAAUGGACUCAACGUGAUGGUGUGCUAGUAAAUUUACCUUGGGCGUUAUUGGUAAAAGGUGAUAUAGUACUUUUGAAACCAGGACAAACUUCUCCGUGCCAUGUUUCCAGGCUUAGGGAAAAAGAUAAAUGGGCUCCAGCAGAAUUGACUAGAUGGGAAAUAUUUAAUCCAGAUAUUGCAUCUGCUAUGAAAAACAAAACUUCUGUACCAACUAUGGUAUCUCGCAAUCCAUUAAAAAAUGUUGCAUAUGUUUUAAAUGAAACCCCGUAUUUAAAUAAUUUGAAACUUGCAUUAGAACUAUCACAAAAUAGACCAAGCAGCUUUUACACAAAAUGUUUAUAUUUGUUACAAAUAAUAUUCAUGCAAAAGUUUGCUGCAGCCACCUUUUUGGGAAGUACCAUUUUAACUGUUUGGUGGCGUUGGUCUUAUGUUACACUUUGGUUGAAAUCUGGUACUUGGGUAUCAAUGUUUGUUGUAAUUCCAAUCUCUAUACUUAUUCCACUUCUACCAUUGAUGUUGCCAAUUGCAUGGACACUCAUGACAUGUUAUGGAAAUGCAGUACUACAAUCAUCUUCCAUAGUUCAGAAAAAUAAAGACCUUUUUGAAGAAACUGAAACUGAAGCAAAAAACAACUCUUUAGAAUUUUCAUUUAGGCUUUAUGUUGUGUGGAUAAAAAAGGUAUACUAUCAUGGCCUAAUCCAACUGCUGAAAAAGUUUUUUUUUUUACAAAAUCCUUCCAAAUCAUCAUCAAUCUCAAAUUAUGUAGAUACUCCUAACUGUAAUAGAGAAACACAAAGAAAAAGUUACGAUAGUACUAUUCAGAAUCAAGAAAAUUAUACAGUAGAGGUACUUGAUCUAACUCAUGACCGAGGUUCAGCAUGGAGAUUACAAUUUGAUGAUGCAACUUGGUCAAAUCAUAUUACUUCUCUGAAGCCUCUAGGUCUAGCAGUACUAUUAAAUACUUGCAACCCAUCAACUCAUGCUCAUUAUGCCCAAUUUUGCGCGCAUGUAUCUUGCCAAGCUUUGUAUAGUGAAGUGCUUGUUCCUGUUACCAACCGAAGAUGUCUUUGUGAAUUAGCUCGACAAAUAGGAUUUUCAGAAUCUGCUGAUGAUAUUUUUGAACUUCAAUUACAGUUAUCCACUUAUAGACAUGUUCAAGCUGAUGCUGUUCGAAGAGAUAUUAAAUUUGCCAGAUCAUUACCAAAUACUACCAAAUUAAAAUUUCCAUUUCCUCACAUGGUGUGUGUAGGAUUAAGAGAGAGGAGUAUUGGUAAAGCUGCAACAAGUUUACAAUUAUUCAGCCAAGGUACAGCUGACAUAAUAUUGGAUGCUUGCAUAGAUUUUUGGGAUGGUCACGAUCUCAGUCCUAUAUCUCCUUCUGUUAGGAAGAAAGUACUAGAUUUUUAUCAAAGAACUAGUUUAACAGCUUACUGUACAGCAUUUUCAUACCGCCCACUACCAUUACCACCUGACAAAAGUUUCUCAGAAAUGUAUUUGGAGUUACCAGCUGAUUGUCGCCAAUUAUAUUCAAAAUUAUGUCGUAGUCCAACACCACAUCCGUGGACAUCAACAACUCCUAAAAUAAGGCAACCACAAUUUCAUUCUUCUGAUUCAUUACUAUUUGGUGAUUGCAGUGAAUAUAACUCAAAAGAUGUAAAUUGUUGUUUUGAAACACAAUGCAAUCAAAUAUUUUUAGGAAUGGUUACCAUGCAGUAUCAACCUCAAUAUGAUAUGGUUCAACUGAUUGAGCUAUUGGAAACAGCUUGUAUACGAUUUGUUCACUUUAGUAAAGAAAAUGAACUUCGAUCUAGGGUUUUUUCCGAAAAAAUGGGCCUGGAGAGUGGAUGGAAUUGUCAUAUUUCUUUACUAGGUGAUGCUCAAACAAGAACUCGUCUUGACCCUAGUGAGGGUGCAGCAACUUGUGAUGACGAAACUAGCUUUUUGAUACCGCUAACAUCUACUAGUCAGUCGAAGAAAAAACUUGCUGAUUAUGAACAUAAUUUAUCCGCUGAUUGUUUUCCUCCCCUCAAUAUAAAUUGUACGGCUCUCAAUAUGUCUCGUACAAUUAGUAUGUCAGCACCAACUGCUUUAAAUAUGGAUUAUGCCCAAGUAACAAUAGAACAUGAUGGAGAAAAAAUUAUAAAGCCAAUGCUCAUCCAAAAGGAUACCCUUUUCAAUGAUAAUAGCAAUGUGGUUGAAAUAGAAAAAAAUGGAGAAGAAUGGCACUCACUUAGCUGCAUGUCUGAUAGUACUGACCAAAGUGCUCCUGUUAAUUUUGAUAUGUAUAAUCGAGCUAAACUGCCUCGUGGCAUUGAGAACAUUCGACCUCAUCUAGAAUGCAUAGACAAUGUUCCACUUUUAGUUUCAUUAUUCACUGAUUGUACUCCAGAAGCCACUAAAGAAAUGAUAUCCAUAAUGCAGCAGUAUGGAGAAGUUGUUUGUGUACUGGGAUCAUCUCCAAAUGCUGAAAAUAUUGGUAUAUUUAUGCAGGCUGAUGCAAGUCUUGCUAUUGAACCGAUCUAUCCACAAGUAUGUCAGCGAAUUAGCAUCAUGCAACAACCAAGUCCAAUAGAUGCUCCAAUAUCUCCAGUGGGUCUUUCUGAGUUAUUGAAUUCUCUUCCUUGUUGCCUUUCACUUAAUCGUCAAGAUCCAUUACCAGUGUACCAUCUUAUUAUGGAAGGAAGAUAUUUAAUGCAAGGGAUAUGGAACUGUAUUCAAUUUUGGACUAGUUGCAUGGUUUCGCUUAGUUUUCUUCAACUACUUGCAAUUGUUCUUGUAUUACCUCCUAUUUUAUCAGUCGGUCAAAUAUUAUGGCUUACAUGUAUUGUUGUGCCUCUACUGUCAGUAUCGUUGGUAGGAGGUCCAACAGAUCCUGAAGUUAUGCAAAAACCAACUGGAAAAAAUCAAUGUUCUAUUACAUCUGAAUUGUCUUAUUACGUAAUAUGGUUUUAUGGCCUGAAAUUUUUACCGGUUGUAAUUAAUAUGGUGUUGCUGUUUAUAUGGUCACUGAGUCAAGCUUGUGAUUUGAUUUUAUCUACUACUAAUAAUAAUUCAACUAUUGAAAUUCAACGAUGUUGGUAUGUAUAUCCAGAUCCUAAAGAAACUGAAUGGGGAGGUUGGUCAAAAUUUGAGCCCACUAUUAUCAGUGUACAAAGAUUAAUGUUGCUUUUCCUUGUGAUGCAUUACGUUACCAUAUCUCUAAGUUUUGUUCAUCGAGAUUAUUUACUUUGGAAACGAACUAUACAUUUAAAUAAACCUUAUUUAUUCACUUCAUUGUUCAUUAUUCUAGUUCAAUGGGCAUACACAAUUCAUUAUGAAUACUUUGAUAGUAUUGAAAAUAAUAUUAGUAUUUCCAAACUAUCUGUAUUGACUUUUAUUAUUGGGUUUGUAUCUUUGUUCCUGGUUUUCAUUGUUAACGAAAUUGUUCAUUGGCAAGAGAUAAGGUCAAAUGUGCGUUACCAAAAAAGAGCAAGAUUAGAUUUUGGAACUAAACUUGGUAUGAACUCUCCAUUCUAAAAUAAGAAAUAUCUAUUAUUUCCCUUGUUAGUUGACGUUAGGUUACAAGUAGUUAAUGUAUGUGAUAUUAAUAUUGUUAUUAAUUGCGUUAGACUGAACACUAUAGAGUUCUACUUAUAAAAAUUUUUGUAAAUGUUUUAAAUAAUUUAAGUAAACUAAAUAAUUUAUACUAAUUUAAUAUUUAUGCUUAUUUUUAGUGCUUAGAAUUAUGAUUGUUAUUUACAUAAAAUAAACGUCCAUUUUUACAAUUAAAACAAAACUUCUAAGUAAUAAAAAUAUGGGUUUAAAAAUACGUCUAAAAAUGACUUCCUGUUAUUCAUGUUAGGACCCUUAUAUCACUGAAACGUCUGGUAACAUUCCAGAUAUCCAUUAAACAUUAUUAUAACGCACUUGCACUCAAACUUAAACACCUUCUUGGUAACCACAGAUCUGAAUCCUUUGCAAACGAUACAUAAUCACUUACAUAUAAUAAUGGUUCACUUUGGAGUUUGGAAGACUAUUAGGAAACUCCUAUGUAUUCAUAAUAAACUCCUAUCUUGCGUAAAGACACAGAAAUACAGAAUAGAAUAAAGUAAAGAUGAUGGUACCUGGGCUAUCCCUGACCAAGAUAAAGCAAACAUAUUUACCAAACACUUGGAAAACACCUUCCGCGUCAUAAUAUCCAUCGCUUAACAAAAUCAAAGAAGUUGAAAGUUUCAUCGACUCUCCACUACAAAUGUGCUUUCCUCCCAUAGUCUUCUCUCAUGGCAGUCUAUUUUAAUAUUAAAAACUCCUCCUAACAAAAUGUCUAGGCCUUGAUCUUAUCGCUGUCAGUCAUCAGACACCUACCAAAGAAAUCUAUCAUAUUCCUCACACAAAUAUACCAUGCAAUCCUCAGAUUAUCUUAUUUCCCAAUCCUUUGGAAAUAUUCUACCAUAAUUCUUAUAUUAAAACCCAAAAAGCCUCAAACACCCCAACUUUAUAUUGAUCAAUCAGUCUCUUUCCAAUACUUUCCGAGGUAUUUGAAAAGUGGUUAUUGAAACGUAUUUUACCUAUAGUUGAAGUUAUAAAAACUUUACCAAACUCACAAUUUGGAAUCUCCUACGGUCUACAGCAAAAACUCUACUGUACUGGUGCAUUCCUAGAUUUCUCCCAGGCCUUUGAUAGUGUGGCACAUAGGUCUCUUAUACAAAUAUAAGCUUCUUUUACCCAGUCACUACUAUCUAAUCCUAAAAUUGUAUCUAGAAUUUUAGAAUCUUCUCAGUGAGAGUAUGUUAUACCUCUUCUAUUUAUACAAUAGUUAAUGCAGGCGUACCUCAAGGAGCAAUUUUACACUUGUUAACAUCAAUCAUCAACAAACUUGGUCAGCUCACAAAAAAAUAUUAUUGUUCACUUAAUGACCGCCUCUAUCUCUUUUUCCAUUCUUGACUUCAGCAAUUAAUAUAAAACUACCGUAUAGACCCAUUUGAUCCUAGGCCAUACAGCUAUGAUUUAUGGAGCUUAGCCAAAAUGUCUAACAUUAACCAUAUUCACAUACAAAGAUUUCCAUCCAGUCCUUUGCAUACUCUCAAAAGCUCCAUUCUACACUGUUCAACGAGAGAACGCACAGGUUUUGCGCAUGUAGAAUGACGACUGUGAGGCUCCGUUUUCCCCUCCAAGAACCCCAAUCGCGACCAACACUAUAUUAUGGGAGAGCCACACGCGCAACCUAUUCUCUCUGACCACCGAUGAUAAUGGUUAUCGACUGGUGAUGACGGGCGUGGACAGGCGUAGACCAAACCAAUUUUUGUGGGGCGGUCCAUGAGUUCUCUCUUUGAAAAAAGUAUACGUUUCCAAUAAUACACUUUCAAUCUGACUUCAAAAUACCCACUGUUGUCUGUCACAGCAUUAGCAAAACUCCACUAUAAGCAAUUAAUAAUACACUAACUCACCAUCUCCAACAUCCUUAUUACCCAACUAUCACCUACAACUAUUCUUGAAAAUCCAAAAAAAAAAGUUUAUAAGACAAUGAUGUCUGCUUAU